CAGACCAAUUCCACGUGCGUUGGCCUCUGUAAAAAACAAAAAUACAUUUUUAAUUUUUAUUUAUGAAUUUAAUAUUAAUUUGUGUAAAUUAAAUUGUGAUUGAGUGCUCACGAGUUGUUGAAAAUGGCUGUAGAGGUAAAUAAACGCAAGCGAAAGCAUACAGAAGAAGAUCCACAAAAUGAUGAUGGAGUGGCGGCAGUGCCUAAGAAAAAGCUAAGAAAGCCAAAAACUCCGAAUAAUGAAGGUGGCCAAAACAUGGAUGACUCUCAGCAGGAUUCUGGCUUUGAGCCGGAGGAGGAGAAACCAAUAAAGUUUUCCAAAGACUUUAAAAUGAGCCAAUUCAGAACCAAGCUAAGGGGGAACAGCUUCAUAACCGAACUGCGACACUUCCUCUUCCUAUGUGAAUCGCGUACAAAAACUAUAGCCAAAUAUAUUGAAAAGAGGGGUAAACCUCUAGAGUUGGCUGAGGCCUUGGAGCGUAUUGACAAAAAUAAUGUCUUGCAUUCUGCUUAUGUGUGCAAAGCUUUGUACUUAGUUCUGAUGGAGAUACUUGGUAACCAGCGCAAUCAUAUGGAGUCUGCAGUUCAUGCCUCCCGUUACUUUCUCAAGUCACAUGGUCCUAUAUUGGAGCUUUUACUAACAUCCAAGCAGAUGGAGCAUCGCAAAAUAGCAUUAAAAUUGCUUACCGCCAUAGUGUGUGUCGAACCGCAACUGGGCAGACAAAUUCUAUCCUCCUAUGAUAUAUUGUCCAAUUAUGCUACCAUCAAUCGUUUCCUUUCACAGUCCAAAGUGGAUAAGUCAGAGAUGGAAAAAAAUAAAUCGAGCGAAAAUGAAACUGUUCGUAAAUGUUUUAUACAUUUCGUGCUAUCGUAUAUGGUGGAUGGAAAUGUGCUGCUGAUACGCAAUAUCUUGGAUCGAGGUUUCAUAAUUAAUGCCUUGUUGUCGGGUCUUGUAUACGAUGAUGCUGUUACCGUUUGUGUCGUUCUCAACACUUUGAAAAAGUACAUUCUAGAAUGUGGGGAUAUUUCAAAAACUAAGAAAGUUCAUGUAUUCGAUAUAAAAUGCUGCAGAUCGUUGGCAGCAUUAUACGAAUGGAAAGGACCAACAAUGUAUGCUGAAGCCAAAUCUGGAGAUGCUAAGCUAAAUGAUAAACUGAUUAAUCCAGAAGAAAGAGAACUGGUGUCAAAGACGGUACAUGAGUUUUUGCUCAUUUUACUCACAUCCAGGAAGCUGGGUAUUGCUUUCAAUAGCAUCAAAUAUUUUCGACAGAAAACUAAUACCAUACAAGGUCAAGUGAUAGGCGCUUUGAAAUAUCCUUGGGAAGAUGAACGUAAAACCGAUUUAGUCUUGAAAAUUCUUGAAACCUGUCCUGACUUAUUCCGCAAUACAGUUCGCAAUUUUUCGGGCAUAGUGAAUGUGGUGACCCGAUGGUCAGAAUCCUGGGUGAAAGCAACCAAGUUUCUGAUAAAUGUCAUCAAUACUUGCCACCCCAAACAUCUUGCUGGGGCCUUGGAGAAGAUGACCUUGACAGAUCUUACAUUCUGGAUAAAGGAUAUAUGUCUGCCUAUUGAAACAUUGGUGCAUUUAAAUGGCAAUAAUCUUUUGACCAGCAGCAAAUUUCAAUACCGCUUGGAAAGCAAUCGAUUGCUGUUGGCUAUGUUCAGACAGUACACCAACUAUAUGAGGGUCAUAAUGCAACGCGAACAGAACAAGGCGGGCUCCAAUUCCUUGCGCAAAUUCAAAUUUGAUAUCUUAAAUCAUCUAUUGCUGCAUUUUCCCACCAUGGAGAAGAUCCUGAGUUCAUUGGAAAUUUCAAUAGGCACCAUGCAGGCUGAAGAUGUAGAUGUUUUGGCACAGUUGGAAGUUACUUUGGAUUUGAUUUUGCUGUUAUGUCAAGAAAAUCAGUCCUUUGUCAACAAGACCAAUACCAUAUUGGAUUAUUUGGAAUUUCUAAGGCCAUUCUAUGUCAGCGAAGAAGGCCAGAGUCAAGGCCAUAUCCAAUUGGAGAUGAAGGCGGUUAAGACAAUUUUAUGGAUUUCUCCCAAGACCCUGGAUCCCCAGACAGAAUACUUUGGCAGCAUAUUGACAUCGUUUAUUAAUGCCUUUGUUUGCGAUGAAAUGAAAGUGAGUCAAGAAGCUGGAUUUUUGCUAAGAAAUAUAUUCAAAAAUACUGGAAUAUUUGAUUCGGGAGAAUUGGAAAUCGAUAUGUGGCUCGAGUCCUUGAAGUUCGUAAACAAAGAAACAGUCAAAGUGGUGACACAAGUUUUCAUUGAAGUUUUCAAGGUGCUAAAAGCCGAUGUUGAUUGCCCCAAAACUGUGGAAACGGUUACAAAUACCGAAAAUUUACAAACUCUCUUUGAGCACAUUGAAAAGGGACUUUCAGUGCAGGCCUAUAUAGAGACAUUGACUGUCAGCAAAUUGAUGCCUUUGAUUUUUAAAGGCGUUGUCAUAGCUCCCCCUUUAAGCAAAUAUCUGGAAAUUGUUUGCCUUUUCAUGUUUCAUUAUUAUCCUUCGGCAGAAUGUGUUUUGAAUAUGUACCAGCUACAAUUUAAAGAUCUUGCCGACUACAUGAAGAAUUGGCUGUCUCCAGCUGUCAAGCAUGAGAACAAGUUAAUGUUGGAGAAGGAUUUUUCAAAGCAGAUAAUCUUUUUCGAGUCCAUACAAAACUUGGUGCUUAAGAAGGAGUUGGAUUUCGAAAAGAUAUUCGAGUCCAAGUCAGCCGAUCACUUUUAUGAAACCGAGUUUAAGGGAAAUCUUCGAAAGUUUUCUGUGUUUGUGCAAAAUGAUCGCUUGCUUAUGCUUUACAUACAACAAGUGUUGUUUCAGGUGGAUCAACUGAUGACAAAGCAAAUGCUAUCCGAGCAGCAAGCCUUGAAGGCAGCAGAAUUUGUAAUCAGUUGCCUGGAAAUGAUUGUUAAAUUAUCUGCUGGUCAAGAGGAGGUAUCCCUUGAAGUGGAUGUCAAAGACCCGGAAUCUGGUGUUAACAGCAUUCUCAAAUACAUCUAUGGCAUCAAGCUGAACUCCAUCAAGUCUGGAGAUUUGAUAACCUGCACAGUGUCUAGUGCUGCUUAUAGAAACUAUUUAAUGUUUAUUGAUCAUCUGACUCAAUUCUGCAACAAAUUGGAGAACUUUGGUAACUAUGCAGAGAAUUUCAAGUUAAAGCUGCUUAAAGCCUUGGAAAUAUCUCUGCAUGAUGUAGAAAAUGUGAAAAAUAAUACCGACAAGCUGAAUGGAAUUGUCGGCUUAAUAAGGGUUUUCAAUUUAUCAGCAAAUCAUUGCUUGGAAGUUUUGGAAUUGCUGUUGUCAAAUAUUUCUUAUAAAGAUUUAUUUGCAGAUCAACAAAAGAGCAGUUUUUAUGCCAUUCUAGUGGUGUGCUUACAAAGACUGGCUGAACUAAAAAAAUCAGUACCUUGCUCCGGUUUUAUUAAGAAAUUUGCCAAACUCUACAUAAAUAUUUUCAAAAAGUUGGAAGGUGAAUUCAAUGUCGAAUCCUUGGAAGAGGCCUUCUUUAACUUCCUUAUGAUCAAUCAUCAGCACAUAGAGCAUUUGGGCAUGAAAUUUUUUGAAAGCUUUUUCAAGGGGCGUAAGCUCACAAAGCAAAGCAUCGGUCUAUGUUGCCUUUUAUUCGAGCGCAACGCUGCACUGGCCACAACACUUGAAGAGCAAUUGGACACAAGCUUGGAGAAAAAAGAACUUAUCUACCCCUUGCUGGCACUGGCUUUUGGCAAAAAGCUAACCUUAAGCUCUUCGUUGUUGCAGAAAAUAUAUCAAAACUACAAGAAUGGAUUUAUGCGGGCCAUAGAUAAGCCCCUAAAAGCUGGGGCUAUUUACAAGGAAAACGUAGAGGUUACAAUAAAGCUAAUUGAGGAAUGUAUGCCCCUUACAGAGUGUCGUGAUUUUUGUAACAAACAAUUUAAAUUUGAUCAAAUUGAAACCUAUCAAAUGCGCACCAUAUAUGCCAUAUACGAGAAGGCCUUUAGGAAUGCCCAAGAUGAAGCUUCCAAUAGCAUACUCGUUAACUUUGUAAUGGUCAAUGUGCAAAUGUUGGCUUUGGACCUGAAAUUGCAAAAGUUGAAUCAGGAGAAGCUGGAAUUGGCAGCUUAUGAAAUUAAUCGUUGGUUCAAAAUGGCCGCAGAGAGAAACGCACCGGAAAAUGAAGCGGUAAAUUUUGCUCCGGAUUUCUCCAAACUCUUAAAAUCACAACAAUGGCUGCAGUUCUGUAAGUCCACUUUGAAGACCGGCAUGCACAUAAACGAAACCAUAGUGGAAGGCAACCAAUAUGAAAAGUUCAAUGGUUUACUACUGAAGCUGUUGGCAUAUUUAAGCGAUCAUUUAUACACAGAUUAUUCGGAAGACUACGCCGAGUCUGAAGCUUCACAAGAGCCCUCCCAAUUGUAUGAGAUGAUUUUCACACACUCCAAGUUCUACGACAUCAUAUUAACGAGAAAUCAUCAAUCUAUGGUUAAGACUGAAGUUCUACAUCUGCUCUUCAUAUUCGCCAAAAAGUCUCCCUCAUCACUGCAUGAGAAGCAGUUGCCUUUCAUUUUGGGUUCCUAUCAGGCAUGCCUCAGCGACAGUGAUCGUUAUGCUUUGGCUUUGCUAAAUUUAUUCGAGUACUACGAUUGUGGUUUGCAGAAAUAUCGGCCAUUCAUAUGGGGUGAAAGUGCCGUUGCCUUUUAUUCUUUGCGCAUUGAUGACGCCGAAAGGGCCAACCUAAAGCAGCAGGAAACUUCCAUACAACAGGUCAUGUCAUUGGUGGAUCGUCAGGUGUGUGAGUACACCAUAGACAAUUUUCCCAUAUGGCGCAAAUUGGACUCAACGCAGCAAUUGCCGGAAGUGGAGUUUGAAAAUCCCCUCGCAAAACCCUGGGCUUUUGGGGCAAAUGAUCUGGAAAGAAAAGUGGAAUUAGGACAGCGGAGUUUUUCGGAACAGGAAUUGCGUCUGUGUCCAAAAAGAAAGGAGAUUUUUCAGCAAUGCUAUGAUCCCGCAUUCUUUGUGCCUCUUAUGUCCAUGUGUUUUGCUCCCGAGUCCUUUGCACAUCCCGCUAGACCAGUGGAAAAUGGUUUGCUGGCGGUGACAUUUUCCGCUCUAUCCUCACAAGACAAGGAUAUGCGUUUGGCUGCAGGGUGUGUACAACUGCGCUAUCGCAGUCAUUUCGAGAAUAGCAAAUUCUUUGAGAAACCCCUAUGGAUACAGACUUAUGAGAACAUACAGUCUGGCCUGAAUGAUUUGCGUAGCUCUUGGAUGAAGCAUAAAUCCAACAAGGGCACACCAAGAGUACCUUACAUUGCCGGCUUGUUUGUGGCAAAAACCUUUAAUUUAACCACUGAUCCCACCCAUCUGCUGUACAAACAACUCACCAUGUAUCUGAGGCUGAAGAGUAGCUUCAAUUUCCAGUGCAUUCCCGAAUUCAAUGUUUUGUUCUACUCACCCGAGGUGGAGCACCAGGAAUUCCGCAAGUUCAUAGUAGAGGUCAUACGCAAUGGAGUCAAGUCCAGCUCAGAUUUAUUUCUGCUGGUCUCCACCAACACUUUCAAGGUAUUGAUGGGUUUCUAUGGCAGUACCAUGUCCACAUUGGAAUUGAAUCUUCUAAUACUGUCCCUGUUCUCGACUUGUGUUAAAAUACCUGCCUCCAGCAAGAUAAUGAUUGAACAUGUCGGUAUUAUACCUUGGCUGGGUUCCGUGGUGUCCUCCAUUGAGUUUUACCAAUUCGAUGUUAUUGAAGGUCUCAUCAGCAUCGUCAACAACCUGUGGUAUGCCCUAAAAGCCAAUGAAAAAGAUUUCCACAAUUUCAAUCAUGUUAUCCUGGAAUUGCAUCGUCUCAUCAUACAAAUGCUGCCUUUACUUUCCCCACGAAUAUCCCCAACAAAUUUCGCCAAACUUAUGAAUUGUUUGUAUAAAACCUCAGCGAAUUCGCUACAAUAUCGAGCUAUAACCUCGGAACAGUUGUCCAAGUUGAUUUCGUGUGCCGAAAGACAUUUCGAUGCGUUGGUAUCUAGCAUAGAGAGCAUUUUUGAAAAUGGCGCUCAGGGGGCAUCAUCAAUGGAAAGCUACUGCAAGGAGCUGCAUAAUGCUGGCGAAAAUAGUUCAACUAUAUUAGCGUUGUCCAGUCUAAGAUCCUAUGUUAUAUCAUGGGGGUUGCUAUCCGGCAACAAGAAUAGUGACUCAGAGAGUCCAAUGGAUAUGAAUGAGACUGUAGCAUAGUAAACCCUAAGAUAAGUUAGUUGUUUAAUACCUGUAUGCAAGCCUAAGUUUCUAAGUUCAAUGUUGGAAAUAUAUAUAUUUUAGUGAUUUUGUUUCUUUUAAA